CAACAGUAUGAAAUAAUUAUUCCUUCAUAUGCAGCAUGGUUUGACUUAUCUUCGAUACACCCUAUUGAGAAACGUGGAUUGCCAGAAUUCUUCAACAACAAGAAUAAAUCAAAAAUACCUACAGUAUAUAAAGAAAUUCGAGACUUUAUGGUGAAUACAUAUCGAUUAAAUCCUAUGGAGUAUCUGACAGUAACAGCUUGUAGGAGAAAUAUGACAGGAGAUGUAUGCGCUAUUAUACGUGUACAUGCAUUUCUGGAACAAUGGGGUCUAAUCAAUUAUCAGAUGGAUCCAGCAGCAAAACCGACCAUUAUUGGUCCACCAUUUGAAGGGCAAUUGAAAGUAGUAGCAGAACUACCAGCAGCUCUUCAUAAACCAGUCAGUGUAGACGAUAGUAUUGAUGAUGGGAAGGAAAAUGUCUAUAAUCCGCCGCAGCUUACUAAGAGCUUUGCUGCAUCUCCUACCGACAAUAAGAUCACGACUCCUAGGACAGUAGACACAGCAGCAAAGAUAUAUGAGGAAAAGAAACAAAUGGGAAAAUGUGAAUCAUGUCAAUGUCAAAUCUCAUUGAGAGAAAGUUACCAAUUUAAAAAUACAGAGAGAUUUGUUUGCUCAUCAUGCUAUGGUAGUAAGAAAUUGAUAAGUCAUACUGCGGAAGAGGAUUACAAAAAGAAAGGUUUAGAAGAAAAAGAGCGAAAAUUUGUGGAAAAGAAGAACUGGACUGAACAAGAAGAAAUGCUGUUGUUGGAAGGCCUGGAAAUGUUUACAGAUUGGGAAAAAGUAGCUCAACAUGUGGCCACCAAAACAAAAGACGAAUGUGUUUUGCACUUCCUGAAGUUGCCUUUGGUUGAUCCACGCGUGGAUAGCAAAAUAAGAGAACUGGGAUUAUUGGAUUUUAAUAAAAAGGAUGAUGUAGAGAAUCCUAUCAUGUCGGUAGUGGCAUUCUUAGCUGCCAAUGUGAAUCCUAAAGUCGCAGUUUCCUCUUUGAACGACGACGAACAUAACAACGAAAAAAUGACUGCCACUAUUGCUGAAAAGAAAGUAACGGAUGAAGAGAUGAAAGAAAAGAACGAAGUUGAUCUAUUGGAAACAAAAUAUCAUCUCAUCAAAACCAAAAUGGAACAAUUUAAAUCAAGAAUUUCCCAAUAUGAAGAAAUCGAAAGCUUCCUUGCCGACCAACGACGACAACUUGAAAGAGAAAGA